AUGCCAGGGGAUUCCUUGAAGAUAUUUCUAAGUCCAUCCAAGACUGGUCUUGCUGUGCCACCCGUUCCCUUCACCGCCGCCUUGGGCUCUUUCUUGGAGCCUUUGCCGAGCAAUCUCUGGGGUAAUUGCCCGCUGUUCUGCUACAUUGACCCCUGA